AAAUUAACUAUUUUCACUUAUCAUGUAAUUUUAAUUGUGCGUUUUCUGUUUCCUCCCCAUCCCAACAACAAUUUCGAAUCGUCGGUGUGUAGAUUUGCCACUUUUCGAAAUGCCAUUCAACUGACAGUUGGACAUACAGAUAAACAAAGCGCGUAAACUACAUAUUGUCUGUCUUAAAGUGCAACUCUCGAUUUGACACAUAACCUCGAAAAAGUACGUGAAGCUCAUUUGUUUUUAGAAACAUUAUCAAUAUUUAAUAGAGAAAGCAAUAUAAAAAACAUGAAUCCGACGGGCGGUGGUUUCUCAUUUGGUGGUGGUGGUGGUGGUGGGUUAUCUUUUGGUGGCACACCAACAUUCGGUGCCACGGCAUCAAGCGCUGCACCGGCAACGAGCAGCACUUUGACGUUUGGCGCAGCUGCAUCAGCCACACCAAUUGCCUCGGCUGCAGCACCAACUGCCGUUUACGGAGCAUUUCCAACGUUCGGUGCUGCUACAUCGACUCCAAGUGCAUCUUUGUCGUUCGGAACUCCUGCAACAACCACUGCAACUCUUUCAUUUGGCGCACCAGCAGCAACAUCGGCUGCCACAUCUGCUCCAGCAUUCGGAGCAUCGAACACAUUAUCAUUUGGAACACCAGCAGCGGCAAAGCCAGCUCUACCCACAUUCGGCGCUUCAAUUCAAUCGUCAAAUGCUUCAACUGCAUCACUUCCAACUAUUCCAGCUGUGGCCAGUACAGCAACCACAAAUCUUGCCGGUCCAGCCAUUGGUUUCAGUUCAAGCACAACAACAACACAGUCGACAGCGGUUGGCGGAAAUCAAAUGACAUUCUCUCAAAUUGAAGAAAUGAUCAACAAAUACACAUCGGAAUUGGAGGAACAAGAAAAAGUAUUCAUCAAUCAGGCGACACAAGUGAAUUCAUGGGAUAAUCUGCUCAACAAGAACAGCAAAAAGAUUGUCGAACUGAGCAAUGCUGUUGAAAAGGUUAAAAGUGAACAGAAAUGCCUAGAGGAUGAGUUGAAAUUUAUCGAAACGCAACACACCGAAUUGGAAGAAUUCAUUGCACCAUUGAAGAAAGACGUCGACAAAAUACCACAUAGCGAUUUGGAAAAGGCGCAAACAUAUUCAUUGGCCGAAAAUUUGGACACACAAUUGCGUCAAAUGUCUGAGGACCUGAAAGAAGUGAUUGAACAUCUGAAUGAAGUAAGCAAAUUGCAAAACUCCGACGAUCCAAUCGUUCAAAUCGGACGCAUAUUGAAUGCUCACAUGACAUCGCUUCAAUGGAUCGAACUAUCCACGUCGAAUAUCAACUCGAAAUUGGAAGAUAUCAACAAAAUGUACGAUACGCUACGGCGUGACACCGAACGAAGCCUACGACUCACUUACUGCGAUUGACCUUUGUCAUUGUAACAAAAAUACAACCACUUUGUUUAAUUAAAUUUUAGAAUACUUUGUCGAAUAUGCUGUACAGUGUACACGAAGGAAAAAAAUGGCGUGGAGUGACAGCAAUUGACAUUUAAAAUUAAAAGAACGAAAUAAAUUCUUCAAAAACGA